AUGGACAUCGUUGGCUUUCUGAAGUCUCAAUUCAUUUUCCACCUUCUGAUUUGCUACAUAUUUAUAGUGUCAGGACUGAUCAUUAACUUCAUUCAACUUUUUACACUUUUACUGUGGCCAAUCAACAAGCAACUGUUCAGGAGGAUCAACUGCAGGCUGGCUUACUGCAUAUCAAGCCAGAUGGUGAUGUUGCUGGAAUGGUGGUCAGGCACCGAUUGCACCCUGUACACUGACCCCGAGAGUUACCACAAGUAUGGGAAGGAGAAUGCCAUCGUAAUCCUUAAUCACAACUUUGAAAUCGACUUUCUCUGUGGUUGGAACUUUUGUGAAAGAUUUGGGGUUUUGGGGAGUUCCAAAGUGCUUGCAAAGAAGGAGCUCUCCUACAUGCCUAUCAUUGGCUGGAUGUGGUAUUUCCUGGAGAUAGUCUUCUGCAAGCGUAAGUGGGAGGAAGAUCGGAAGACAGUCAUGCAGAAGUUGCUGAAUCUCCGGGACUACCCUGAAAAUUUUUGGUUCCUGAUUCAUUGCGAGGGCACAAGGUUCACAGAACAGAAACAUCAGAUUAGCAUGAAGGUAGCUGAAGCCAAAGGCCUGCCCAAGCUCAAGUAUCACCUACUGCCACGAACGAAAGGAUUUGCUGUCACCGUGCAGUGUUUGAGAAAUGUAGUUUCUGCAGUCUAUGAUUCUACCCUCAAUUUUAGAAAUAAUGAGAAUCCAACGUUGCUGGGAGUUCUAAAUGGAAAGAAGUAUCAUGCAGAUUUAUAUGUAAGACGAAUUCCACUAGAGGAAGUCCCAGAAGAUGAGCAGGAAUUUUUUAAACUGUAUCAAGAAAAGGAUGCAUUCCAGGAAAAGUACUACAGAACAGGAACCUACCCAGCAGUCCCUAUAGUACCACCCCGACGACCAUGGACGCUUUUGAACUGGCUUUUCUGGGCCUUAUUGCUGCUAUACCCUUUAUUCAAGCUGCUCAUCAACAUGAUCAACAGUGGAUCAUCACUGACACUGGCUAGUUUUGCAUUUGUCAUUGUAAUGGCUUCUGUUGGUGUGAGAUGGAUGAUAGGUGUUACAGAAAUUGACAAGGGCUCCACCUACGGCAACAAUGACAAUAAGCAGAAACAAAAGUAG